UUGGAGUUUCCCUCCGCAGCGGCGGCGGCGGCGGCUGCCCCUUGGCUCCAGGAGAGGCCGCCACCCGGGGUUCCGGUGGCGUUUGGCGGCUGCAGUGGCGCUUCCCGCCGCCCGAGCUUCGGAAACUUCCUGGCCGCGACGCAGGGAACCGGCGCGGAGAACCGAGCAGAGAGGAGCGCCCGUGGCCCGGCGUGUAGGGAGCCAAUCGCCCAUGGAGGGUCUGGGCCGCUCGUGCCUGUGGCUGCGCCGGGAGCUGUCGCCCCCGCGGCCGCGGCUCCUGCUCCUGGACUGCCGCAGCCGCGAGCUGUACGAGUCGGCGCGCAUCGGUGGGGCGCUGAGCGUGGCCCUGCCGGCGCUCCUGCUGCGCCGCCUGCGGAGGGGCAGCCUGUCGGUGCGCGCGCUCCUGCCUGGGCCGCCGCUGCAGCCGCCCCCGCCUGCCCCCGUGCUCCUGUACGACCAGGGUGGGGGCCGGCGCCGGCGCGGGGAGGCCGAGGCCGAGGCCGAGGAGUGGGAGGCCGAGUCGGUGCUGGGCACCCUGCUGCAGAAGCUGCGAGAGGAAGGCUACCUGGCCUACUACCUCCAGGGAGGCUUCAGCAGAUUCCAGGCCGAGUGCCCUCACCUGUGUGAGACCAGCCUUGGUGGCCGUGCCGGCUCCAGCAUGGCCCCAGUACCCAGUCCAGUGCCUGUGGUGGGGUUGGGCAGCCUGUGCCUGGGCUCCGACUGCUCUGAUGCGGAAUCCGAGGCUGACCGCGACUCCAUGAGCUGUGGCCUGGAUUCGGAGGGUGCCACACCCCCACCAGUGGGGCUGCGGGCAUCCUUCCCUGUCCAGAUCCUGCCCAACCUCUAUCUGGGCAGUGCCCGGGAUUCUGCCAACUUGGAGAGCCUGGCCAAACUGGGCAUCCGCUACAUCCUCAAUGUCACCCCCAACCUCCCAAACUUCUUCGAGAAGAAUGGCGACUUUCACUACAAGCAGAUCCCCAUCUCCGACCACUGGAGCCAGAACCUGUCGCAGUUCUUUCCGGAGGCAAUUGAGUUCAUUGAUGAGGCCUUGUCCCAGAACUGCGGGGUGCUCGUCCACUGCCUGGCAGGGGUCAGCCGUUCUGUCACGGUCACUGUGGCCUACCUCAUGCAGAAGCUCCACCUCUCUCUCAACGAUGCCUAUGACCUGGUCAAGAGGAAGAAGUCUAACAUCUCCCCCAACUUCAACUUCAUGGGGCAGUUGCUGGACUUUGAGCGCAGCCUGCGGCUGGAGGAGCGCCGCUCGCAGGAGCAGGGCAGGGGGGGACAGGCAUCUGCGGCCUCCAACCCGCCCUCCUUCUUCACCACCCCCACCAGUGAUGGCGCCUUCGAGCUGGCCCCCACCUAGGGCCCCGUGGCCGGCGGGCCGGCCCCUGCCCCACCCCCACCCACGGGUGUCCCUCCGCACUCGUGUGGCAAGGGAGGGGAGGGCGGGAGGGCUCGGCCUGAGCAGGGUGCUGGGGGGAGAGCGCAAUACCUCAUGCGGGCUGCCGUCCUAAUCAAUGUGCCUACGGCAGGACCAUGCUCGGAGCCUGCCUCUUCUGCGACUGUUACUUUUUUCUUUGCGGGAUGGGGGUGGGGGUUCCCUCUCCAGGUGGUUGUCCAGGCCCCGGCCCUGGGUGCUCGGCCAGCUCGGCUAGGCCCUGCGCCUCCCUGCGCGUCCCCCUUCAGGAAGGGUGUGUGCCACCUCGUUGCCACAGGGACUGGAUCCCAGUCCCUCCCCUGUCCCCAAAUGGCCACUUGGGGGAGAGGAGUUUGCCAUCACUGGUGUUGUCACCUCCCUGUUUCUCCACCAAGGGCUUGGGCCUCUCGGGGCUGGGGCCUCCCAGGGGAUGGGGACCCAGAGGUGCAGUGGCCGCACACAUCCAUGGCCUAGGAGCUACUGGGCAGGUUCCUGGCCACACAUCUGGUGGGCUGUUUUUUUUUUUUUUCCUCUUCCCCCAGAUGUCUUGACUGGAUCACUGGGGCUCUUUGUGAGUGAGGGUGGCCAAACUACCGCCGGAGGAGAUGGGGUCUCAGAGCGAGAGCUGGGGAGGGGGAGGGGAAGAAGAAGGCCUCACUUUUGCUGCUGCGGGGCCCACACAGCCACUGCUACUUUGGGGGCUGGGGAAGGGGCCAAGCUGCAGACACACACAGUCAUUCAUUUCUGUCCACACCCCUGUGGGUGGCGGGUGUGCGUGUGUGCGCUUGUGUGUGCGUGCGUGUCGGCACUCACACACACAUGCUAGCCCACUGAUGCACCCAGCCCAGGGCUGGCAGUCUUUGCGGCACGGGGCCAUCUCACGCUGGAGCCUGGAGAGGAGCUGUGCUUGUUUGUUUUUGUAAUCCAUAUCAUAGUUGCUUUCUUUCAUUGUUCCUUCUGAAUAAACAGUUUAUUUAAGAUA